AUGCGGUUCAGUUUAAAACCUUCCCCGCAGACGCAAAAGCUACAUUCAGAUAUGGCCAUCGAGGCAAAAACAUGUAUCGAUAUGGACAACGUCGAAGGUCUAUGCAAGAGCCUACUGUCAUCUAUUGACAAGUAUCGUGCGACUACGAAAGAACUUGAUCGAGUCCGUGCCGUUGAGGCAGCUACAAACUUGACAAGGUCGUUAGAAAAACCGGCAGAUGCGAUAUACAGGCUGUUCCUAUCGCCAGCUAUUCUUAUGGCGGUCAAAGUAGCCUCGGACCUUGAUAUGUUCUCAAUACUCUCCACGAGCAGCUCAUCUAUCACCUGCCAGGAGCUCGCGGCACGAAAAGGAGCAAGCGUUGAACUCACUGAGCGGAUCAUGCGCGUUCUUGUGUGCGGUGGUUUCGCUGUGGAAAGAGGACCUGGCAAAUACACAGCCUCAGCCAUGUCGGACAGAAUGACUGACAGGACGGUUCUUGGGCCUGUGAACUCACUCUUCAUGGACUUCCUCCCGAUUAUUCACCAGACGCCGGAAUUUCUCCAGAAAACAGGAUACCGAAACCCCGAAGACCCAAAGAAUGGGCCCUUUCAGUAUGCCUAUAAAACACCUCUGACGUGCUGGGACUGGCUAGCUCAGAACCCCCCAGUCCUCGAUCGUUUUGAUACCUACAUGGAAGGCCACAAAGCAGAUUGUGCUCACUGGACCAGCUGGUUCCCCGUUCAGCAUUUGUUACUGGAUGAUGUAGUGGCUGACGAUCGCACCUUGCUAGUGGAUAUUGCUGGGGGCCGUGGUCAUGACUUGAUGGAGUUUAAACAGAGAUUCCCUGACGCCCAUGGUGCCCUCGUUCUUGAAGAUCUGCCGGCUGUCAUCGAUGAUAUUCAGAGUCUGGAUAGCGGGAUCAAGCGAAUUAAGCAUGACUUUUUUCAACCUCAACCAGUUAAAGGCGCUCGCAUCUACUAUAUGAAGCACAUCAUGCACGACUGGUCCGACGAAAACUGCAAAGUCAUUCUUGGACACAUUGCUGCUGCCAUGGAGGAGGGAUAUUCAAAGCUCCUCAUUGAGGACCAUAUCCUUCCGGACGAAAACGCCGCAUAUCUGGAGAGCCUGAUGGACAUGAUUGUGAUGGUAUGGUGUCCGGGUAACGAGCGCACCCGCCAGAGGUGGACAAAGCUUCUUGAAUCUGUCGAUCUGGAGGUUAAGAAGUUCUGGCUGCCGGAUGGGUUAGGCCCAGGAAUUGUUGAAGCAGAGUUAAAACAAAAGCCAAAAAGCCUCACAUACAAUGUCAGUGCAGAGGACACGCAGCCGAUUGUUUACAGUCACAUAAAUGGGACCCUGGAUGAGAUACUCGAUCGGUUCCAGGUGUCCGAAUUAUGCAAAGGCUGGCCAGUAUACCGCGAUGCGUCUGAGUGGAGCAACUACCGAGAUUUAUUCGUGAAGGAUGGGGGAUUCGUAUGGACGACAUGGAGUGGUGGUCUCAGUGUGGAUGAGUUCAUCAAGGUAUCCAGAGAAGGACGUGAGCGCGGCGACUUCAUUAUGCACCGUGAGAACAGCACGCUCGUUGACCUGAACCCGGUCAAACUGCGGGCUGUGGGAAAGAUGAAAGCGACCAUCACACAGCGAUUCAAUAUCCAAGGCUGCUCUGUCGACAUUGAAUGCGAUUGUCGCUUCCAAUUCUUCUGCAAGAAGAUCCCAUCGAAAUCCGGUUCCUUGGAGUGGAAAACACAGUAUGUCAAAUUGAUAUACGAAAAGGACAAGAUGAUCCCAGUCGAUGGCCAGUCUGUGCCCAAAUUUGAUGAAGCUCAGCUCAACCUGUAUCCGGAAGGAUACCGAUACCUUGGGCUUGCACAAUCGACACUAGGGCAUCAAGUCCUCCCUGGGCUUCCAACCUUGAACAAUAAGGCUUUUUUUGAGAUGUACGACGCUAUCAAUCUGUGGCUUCAGGGUGAUGAUAUUGGGAGACUGCUGGGAGUGCCUGAAACAAGACUGGAGAGGCGCUGA